GCAGGCUUUAGCAGGAGUAGUGCUCACUGAUAUCUGUGCUCUGCACUCUCUCUGGAUCUAACAAGCUCGUUCAAGUCCCUGAAAGCUCGACAAUGGCUCUGGUGCUGCGUUGGGCUCUUCUCAUGUCUCUCACGCUCUGCGUGUUAAUGCAUGAAGGAUUUGGACUUCCCUUCUCUCAGCGCUCUGAAACCACCAGCGCUUCACUGGUCAAGAGGGUGCGCACCAAACGCUGCUCCUGCAGUAACUGGAUGGAUAAGGAGUGCAUCUAUUUCUGCCACUUAGAUAUCAUCUGGGUCAACACACCUAGUAAGAUUGUCCCGUAUGGUCUCGGAAGUCCUUUGUCCCGUCGCCGGCGCUCCACUGGCCGCUGUGUGUGUGACAACCCCGGUGACUUGACCUGCUCGACCUUUUGCCAUGCCAGCUCCAUGGACCCAAGCAUGGUAGUUGUGAGUCCACUUGACCAUGGCUUGGACGACAUGGACAAAGCCAGCAAUAACCUGCUCGCACAUCUCCGGCAGGUGGCCAAGGCCAAUCAGAAUGCAUUUGAGCAGGCCUUCCCCAGAAAGAAACUGUUCAGGACCAGCAAAACCUGAGAACUGCAAGAAACGGGAUGGCGUGAUCGAUGCCGUCCCAGGAAGAGGUGUUUUCUGAAGGCAAUCCCUGGGUGCUCGAGAAAACCUCUUCUGAUCCAAAAGGCCAAUAACUGAAGAGGGAAAGAGGGAGGAGGGGUCUUGAGUCCUCCUGGAAGGAGAUGACAAAUGCCUGGGGAGGAAUUUUUUCUUGUUCUAUCUGAAAGACAUGGCCAGUGUUAAGGUCAAAGAAUUAAGGCUUGCUAAGCCUUUAGUUAACACAAAACAGUCGCCAUAACUUCAUUUCCAUUUACAUGAGUACUGAGGUGCUUUUGCAUUGUUUUACUGAAGAAUUAAUGGAGUGACUUAAAGCAGCCGUAGUGUGGUGGCCUCUCCACAGGAAGGAGUUCAAAUCUUAAUCUGUCAGGCAUGUUAAUGUCACCAGUUUAACAUUAUCAAAUGAGAAUUAUUAAUGGCAGCUUUAAAAAAGCACAACUUCUGUCCCUGCAAAGGGGCUUAUUGUGACACUGCCAUGCUAUGACGAGUUCAAAUGUAACAAUGUCUUGUGGCUCCACACUGAGGUUUUUUUGUCUACUCUGUUGAAAAUGUUUACUAGUUUUAUGCCCUACUGUUCUUCUCUAUAUUUACUUGCCUUAAGUUGCAUUUUCUCUGUAUCAGAGCUUAACAUGAUUUCAUUUCGUUUGGAAAUGCAAAUGACCUCCAUCCAAGCCCACUUGGGACUUUGGUAGGAAGUGCACAUUCUCUAGCUGCCCUAAACACUGAACUUGUGUUUUUGUUGCUGAUCUGUAAUAACACUGACCAAAGGUCCCUAUGCUCAGGCCUUAUCUCUGCCUGUCAGUGACUUCUUUAUGAACACAUACAAACUGCCUUAAGAAAUGGCACAACUUUAAAGAAACAAAUCCAGGACCCACAAAAGUUUCUUUUUCUCCAUUUUUCCCAUGACUGCCCCUUUCACUUAUAUUUUCUUCCCUGGCGUUUUUGUGAAGGUGGGAGUAUUUAUUCUAUAGCUACAGUAGUGUGCUCUCGAUCUUCCAAAGUUCCUGUGUUUCAAUGCCUUACAGCUUGCCAAAAUGUCGUAGUAAUUGUUUUCUCCUAUCAUAGAAAGGGCUAGCUUUGCUAAUGUUACUUUUAAUUGCCCAUUAUGGAAGACAAACAGCUGUGUUUUGAUGGAAUGUGUUUGGUGGAAGGCCUUUUUCAUGAAGCAGAUGUUGAUUUUGUAAUGACUAAUAUCAGAUAUGAUGUUUUGUUUUGUUACUUGCUAUUUAUGAUAUGUGUAUUUAUGUGUAUUUAAGGGGCGAUCUCAUCAUACGUACUUGAAUGUCUGGCUUCAUGGCAUUAUAGAGUAGCAUGUUUAUAUCAAACUAUUUAUUUAAUUUAUUAAGCUCCAUUAUUUAUAUUUGACAUUCUUUUGUAACUUUUGUAGACUUACAAAAGGACAUUCAUUUAU